GAUGAGCCUUUUUGCUGGUAAAAGAUAUGUCAUAACCCCGCGCUACCGCGACAAAAUACCCCUCCAAAUUUUUAAUUUUGAGCCAAACAAGAAUAAAAACCAGUCAAUCAACACACAUACAUAUUUAGGCGACGCGUACCUAAAACAAUCAAAUCUUCACCUUUUCCAAAAAAUAACCUAAAGAAUAAAAUUUAAGAAUAACAAUUUUUCAAAAUGCCCGCAGCCGACGAAUCUGAACACUCGACGACCGUCACCUCGACCGAUUUCUUCGAGGCCAUUGGCCAAAAAGCUGGACACCUCGCCCCUACUACGAAUGGAACGAACGGAACAACAAAUGGGGAAGCGCAGAAAAACGGCGACGAUGAGAAGAUCGUCGAAGAAAUUGAGUCACUAUGCAUGAACUGCCAUGAAAAUGGCAUAACACGCAUGCUUCUCACUUCGAUCCCCUAUUUUCGCGAAGUUAUACUUAUGUCCUUCUCUUGCGACAAAUGCGGCUUCGCGAAUUCCGAGAUACAAUCUGCCGGUACCAUCCAGCCCAAGGGCUCAAGCUACAUCUUGCGACUUACCGAAAUGGCCGACUUCGAGAGGACGGUAAUCAAAUCCGACACUUCUAUCGUCAAGUUCAUUGAGCUCGACCUCGAAGUUCCUCCGGGUCGUGGGCAGCUUACGAACGUUGAGGGUCUUCUGACGAGAGUUGUGGAUGACCUCGAACUUGGACAAGAAGCGCGAAAAGAGCAAUCGCCCGAAGUGUUUGCCAAGGUCGACGAGAUUAUCAAAAAAGGCCGAGCGAUGUUAGCGGGAGAGGCUUUCCCGUUCCGACUUUUAGUUGACGACCCAGCAGGAAACUCCUGGAUCACUCCUAACAUGCGUGAUGGUGUUGGUAAAUGGGAGAAGCGCGAAUACUUACGCACUCCGGAACAGAAUGAAGCCCUAGGUCUAGCCCCUACGAACCCGGCCCCUGGCGCUGGUCAAACUACCGACGACGACGACAUCGUCCCAGACCAGGUCUACGAAUUCCCUGCUACUUGCCCUGGAUGCAUGCAUCCUUGCACAACUAAUAUGAAGAUGGUGGACAUUCCUCACUUCAAGGCUGUUGUCCUGAUGUCAACCGUCUGUGCCGACUGCGGAUAUCGAUCCAACGACGUCAAGACGGGAGGAGAAAUACCAGAACUGGGCAAGAAGAUCACGCUGAAAGUUGAGAACGCAGAAGACCUCGCCCGAGACAUCCUCAAGAGCGAGAGCUGCGCGCUCGAAUGCCCCGAACUCAACCUCCAAGUGAACCCCGGCACACUAGGCGGCCGAUUCACCACCGUGGAGGGCUUGCUCACGCAGGUGCGCAACGACCUCCACAGCCAGAUCUUCGAGACCGGCACCUCGGAGGGAGGCGAUUCUCUACCCGAGGACGAGAGGUCGCAGUGGACCAAGUUCUUCGAGGACAUCGACGCCGCCAUCAAGGGCGACAAGAAAUUCACCGUCAUCCUCACCGACCCCCUCGCUAGCAGCUACGUCCAGAAAGCCGUCGACCCGGACCAGGACGACCCCCAGAUCACGACGGAGGACUACCAGCGUACGGAGGAGGAGGAGGAGGAUUUGGGUCUUCGGGAUAUGAAGACCGAGGGGUACGAGGCGGACGCGGCUACUACAACUACAACUACUACUACUACGAAUGGCACUUCAUAACGGGUUGUUGUAAAAAUGGGGUUGAGAAUGUUUGCGAUUUUAUGUAGCAUGAAGAUACCUGCUUGAAGUUUGGGGAAAUGGAUAUAGGAGCUGCAUUUACUACCGGGGAUAGAAAAGUGUUUUUUAUUUUGUUUUUCUUUUCUUUUUAAAUACCGUAGCUAUAUCAAGACCUAUCAUGGUUUUAAUCAAGAUCGUGUCCUAAGGUUUUGGAGUAUUCUAUUC